UAUUUGGAAGCUCUUUUACAUGACGUGUAAUUGCUCUUUGAGCUGGGAAAAGGGAGGGCAAAAGGGAGGGGAGGGGGAGUGAAGGAACACCAACAAGGGAAGAAGUUGGAGAAAGUGAGGGACAAAAAAAAAGUUGGGGAGCCAGACUGCCAUCUGGAACACAUCAAUUUGUCUGCGAGCGAGGUGACCCAGCGUCAACAUGGCAAUCAUCCUGCACUCUACCCCCCUCCUGUGGACGCGUCUGGCAGCGCUGAUCUUCUCCUGCGUGGCCUUCUCGGUGGCGGUCCACGGCGGGCGUCUGUACCAUGGCACGGGCGACUGGUGCAUCUUCUGCUGGGCCUUCAGCUUCGCCGGCACCGUUCUGGUGCUCCUGGUGGAGCUGUUCGGCCUGCAGACCAGAGCGCCCGUCUCCUGGAAGAACUUCCCCAUCACGUUCGCCUGCUACGCCGCCCUGCUGUGCCUGUCGGCGUCUAUCAUCUUCCCCCUGUACUACCUGAAGGGCUCCAUGGGGCCCAGCGAGGUGCGCGACUACCGUAUCGUUUCCACCGUCUUCUCCUGCCUGGCCACCAUCGCCUACAUGAGCGAGGUGAGCAUCAGUAAGGCGAGGCCGGGCGAGGUGGCCGGCUACAUGGCCACCGCCCCGGGCCUGCUCAAGGUGUGCGAGACCUUCGUGGCGUGUAUCAUCUUCGUGUUCAUCAGCGACCCGGUGGUGUACGACCGCCACGACGCCCUCAAGUACUGCAUGUCCGUCUACUGCAUCUGCUUCAUCCUGUCCGCCGCCAUCAUCGUCCUGUGCGUGGGCGAGUGCACCGGCUGCCUGCCGUUCCCCUUUGCUCGCUUCCUGUCCGGCUACGCCCUGCUGGCCGUGGUGCUCUACCUGUCGGCCACGAUCGUCUGGCCCAUCUUCAACUUCGACCCCAAGCACGGCGGCAGCAAGCAGCGUCCGUCCAACUGCAGCAUCACGCAGGGGUUGUGCGUGUGGGACAAGCUGAUGGCGGUGGCCGUGCUCACGGCUGUCAACUUCGUCCUCUACCUGGCUGACCUCAUCUACUCUGCCCGCUUGGUGUUCGUCAGCGUUUGAGAUUCCGGCAAAUUGAAAUUUGGCGGCUUGCGGGUCGGGCAUCUUAACUUGACUCCGAAUUGUCUUCAAAAAUGCAUGUAUAACGGAACCUCCAAGGCGGAACAGUACACAUUUCAGCGUUCAGAAGAAAUUUUCAUGAAAAAUAGGCCACUUGACUUGCAAGAUUAAUUGCUUCCUUGACCACGCUUGUAAGUCAAAACGUUUGUAUCUCAAAUCAUCUUUCCCCAUUCAUAUGAAGAGAAUGCCAUUAAUGCGUUCCAAUCCCACAUUGUGCUCUUCCGGGUAUGUGUGACUUGGCCACUAGGGGCAGUAAAAUACAGCCAUACAGACACAAAACGAAGAAGAGUUUCACGACUAAGUGACUCAGUCAGGUUCAAAUGUAAUUUUCAUGAAAUAUAUGCCACAAAAUGCACAACGUCAGAAAGUAGAGUGGAUUUGUUGUUUCUCUGCCGUUUCUAUGUUGUUGUAUUUUUACGUAAAAAAAGGGUAAAGACGAAACACGUAAUGAUUGAAAAAAAAGUGCUUCAUCAGCAAAUUAAGUGAGACUUUAGCCUAGUGAUUAUCCAAAACAAAAACCUCACAAGUGCCUUAUUAUUAUUAUCAUUAUUAUUAUUAUUAUUAUUAUAUAUAUUUUUUUUACUACAGAUGGUUACCAGUGAUGCCAAAGAGGAAAACACGUAAUGAUAACCAUAUAACAGGAAAUGGGGAGGAAAAAAAAAAAGUUUACAUCCAAAGAAACAGCCACCGUUUGCAAGCUUUGUGAUUUCAGCAUAGGAGGUUACCAUGGCAAAGAGAGGAGAAAUGUCACGAUAAGUGUAGAACAGGAUAUGAAAUAAUUACUGGUGAAUUGGACAAAAUGUAGUAUGCGGAUCCAUUUGAGGCCCGUCAAAUGAUUAGAUAAUUGUGAUAAUAAGCAUGUGGCUUUUUACACUUAAAACGUCCCCUUUCGGAGGUUCCACUGUAAUGUCAUUAAAGACUCCACAAGCCUGCCAAAUUUGAUUUUGCUUAUCGUCUGACGAAUGAGGUUGUUGUGG